UUCACCACUAUAUCAGCACUGCAUCAAGGGAUCGUAACUCAUAAACCAGCGGUGAGCUCUCUGAUACCAAACCAACUAUUUACAUCAGAAGAUUUAUAUACUUUGAUUUCCAAACCACUGCAGCCAUGGCACCAAUUCUGCUCAAUUGCUUGGGAAAUGACCGGAAGGAAUAUUUGGAAGAAACAUUUCAUGUGAACAAUCCCAACUUGGACGGCAUGGAAGAGGACAUUCUCUAUCACUUCAGCCUGGGCACAAAGACCCACAACCUUCCUGAGAUGUUUGGAGACAUCAAGUUUGUGUGUGUUGGGGGGAGUGCCAAACGCAUGAAGGCCUUUGCCCAGUUCAUACACACAGAGCUGAAUCUGCCCGGGAGCAAUGAUGAACUCAAGGACAUCUGCGAGGCAACCGAUCGCUACUGCAUGUACAAAGUUGGACCCGUGCUUUCCAUGAGCCAUGGCAUGGGUGUCCCUUCCAUCUCCAUCAUGCUGCAUGAGCUCAUCAAGCUCCUUCACCACGCCCACUGUCGGGACGUGGUUCUCUUUCGCCUGGGCACCUCUGGGGGAGUCGGGCUGGCUCCGGGGACGGUGGUGGUGUCAGAGAAGGCGUUGGACUACAACUUCCUACCCCAGUUCGAGCAGGUGGUCCUGGGAAAAGUGAUCAUGAGGAGCACGGAGCUGGACGCGGGCGUGUCCCGGGAGCUCCUGCAGUGCUCCAAAGAGCUCCCCAACCUCCCGGCAGUCAUCGGGAACACCAUGUGCACCAACGACUUCUAUGAAGGCCAAGGGCGGCUGGACGGAGCUCUGUGCUCCUUCUCCCACGCGGAGAAGCUGGAGUACCUGCAGAGAGCCUACGAGGCCGGGGUCCGCAACAUCGAGAUGGAGUCCACCGUCUUCGCCGCCAUGUGCCGCGUGUGUGGCCUCAAAGCGGCCGUGGUCUGCGUGACCCUGCUGAACCGCUUCGACGGCGACCAGAUCACCAGCCCCGAGGACGUCCUGGUGGAGUACCAGCAGAGGCCGCAGGUCCUGGUGGCCCACUACAUCAAAAAACGCCUUGCACUCAUCGCCCUGACCCCGCCCUAAAGCCUCAAGCCCUGCCCUAAAGCCUCUAACCCCGCCCUCAAGCCUCUAACCCCGCCCUCAAGCCUCUAACCCCGCCCUCAAGCCUCUAACCCCGCCCUCAAGCUCUCUAACCCCGCCCUCAAGCCUCUAACCCCGCCCUCGAGCCGCCAACCUUGCACCGCUACGAAUGAAGUGUAUAUAAUAUAUACAGUAUAUUAUAUAGAUAUGUGUAUAAUGAUGGAUUCAUGUGAUUAACAUGUGGAUAUGUGUUCUUACUCCUCACGCUUUGGUGCUUCUGAUAAGCUUCUAGUUAUUAUAUAAAGAGUUACCUUUUUCGACCCAAAGAAUGUAUGAUUUUAUUACAAUCACUUGCUCAUUAUUUAACGUAUUUAACAAAAUAAUUUUGUUCUGUAUUUAUAUUAUAUGUACUGUGAAGUGUAUUGUGUAUAAUGUUAGUGUCAUGUUGAAUAUGAAAAAAUAAAGUGUUCUA